GAGCAGAGAGUUCCGGAUGAGAGGAGUGUACUCAGUGAAGCUCAGAGGAUGCUGCAGCUGCUAUACUUUUUUGUUCCAGCUUACAUCUGCUCAUCAGGUCGAGAAAUGCAGCAGCUAAACACACACUUCACACCGGCCAAACUUUGUUCUAAACAAUGUGACGGCUGCAGAGUUUAAAUUCAGAUGCUCAGACGAUGUGUGUGUGGCCGCGGCUCGCAUUGCUCCUCCUCGACAGACUUUUAGAUUCAAGACGGUAAAGGCUCUUCAACCGGAAACCAAACUUUUUUCUUCGAACUUUUUUCUCUGAGGCCAAAAGAGGAAAACCAGACGACACUUGGUCAUAAACUGCACAGUUCCUCAUUUUCUGCAUUUACGUGUGUUGUUGGAAAUGUGUCAGCUGCCGACCAUCAGGGGAGAAGUGAACAGUUUCUGGCGAGGAUAAGGGCGACGUCGAGUGAUUUUAGGCUAGUCAACACUCACAUAACGGAUUUUGGUCCUUAUCAUGGAAGAUGGUGUGAAAGAAGACCCAGCCCAGUGUAAAGAGCCAAAGUUCCUGGGUAAGGCUGGCUGGGUGAAGAAGGCUCCAGGCAGACUGUUGGCCAGCUAUAAGGACCGCUACAUUCACGUGGAAAAGACAGAGAUUGUGGUGUAUGAAAAUGAGGACCUGCAGAACUGCUUAGAGAGGCUUGACCUGGAAAACUAUGACAAAUGUCAUGAAUUAAAGAGCCCCUUCAAGAAGAAGCACAGACUGAUACUGAUUCGAUCAGCCAAGUCUGGAAAUAAGGUCCAUGAUGUGAAGUUCCAGGCUCCCACAGCAGAAGAGAAGGAGGCUUGGAUUAAAGCCCUGACUGAUGGCAUCAAUCGUGCAAAGAACAAAAUCUUUGAUGAGGUGAAGGUUGAUGAAAGCAAUAAUUUGGAACAUGUUACUCGAUCAAGGCCCAAAGGGAACCGUAACCGACGGCCACCAACCAGGAUACACAUGAAAGAGGUAGCUGGUGUGUCAUCUGAUGGUAUCCUGCGUCUGGAUCUUGAUCUUGAGGAUGCCAUAAUGCCUAAUGGGACUCAUCAUGCCAGUGUUGAUGGUACUCAGACCCCAAAAGAGGCCACAAAAGUCCAAACGCCUCUGUCUGAUGCCAGUGAUGCUGCAGAGUCAAGGCCAAGCGCUGAGGAGGAGGCUUCAACCGAGCCAGAGGUCUGUCCCCAGAAAAAGGUCAUCAAACCUCCCAUGCCCCCUAACAAAGAGGUGAAACCCAGUUCAGCACCUGAUAAGGCUGAUGGCCCAGAGAAAAAGGUCCUGAAGCCACCUAUGCCUCCAUCUAAAGAAGCCAAGUCCUCUGUUGAAGAUGUUACAGAGGAGGCCAAAGCUGAGAAGAUGUCUGACAAGAGUCCUGAUUCCAGGAAAAAGACAGGCCCACCACCAACACCUCCCAACAAACCAAGCUCCAGCAGCUCCGUCCAGAAUCUUGCAGAGGCUUCACAGUCCAGGCCAAAUCCCCAUCCUCCUAUGCCCCCAUCCAAAGAGAAGAAACCCUCCCAUCCUGCUGUGGAUUCAGACCAAGAGGUUCAAGGCUCAGCUGAUGAGAAUAAGGAGAAGGAAGAAGUUAAUAGGAAGGAGACAGCAGGAGUAGCUGUGGAAACAGACGAGGCAGAUGAUCCAAUUUCUACAGAAGCUCUGCCUAGUGUCACAGAAAUACAGGUUUCUGAAGAAGAGUCAGGGGAGACUAUAACCAGUCCUUGUCCUCUUCAGCCAAAUGAUGGACAGGACCAUGUUGCAUCACUGCAAACAGCCUCAGAUACCUCAGACCAUUCUCCUCAAACAGAAGACCCGCUACCUAAGAGUGAAGUCCCCUCAGUAGUUGUCUCUUCGAACAACCCACUCAGUGACAGCCUCAGCCUGAGUCCACUGCUCUGUCAUCUGCCCGGGGAGAAGAAAAAGAAGGCAGAGGAGAAAUCUGUCGACAGCGGUCAGCACUCAGAUGAUGACAGUGAAGGCUCUGGGAAUGAAGACACACUGGCAGCUUCCACAGCUGCGUUGAGAGGGAGCCAUGCUCGCCUGGAUGUGUUGGACGCCAGCGAGGACAACAUUCAGAUCUCUUUUAGUUUAAGGCCAGCACAAACCGCAGCCAAACCUCAAGUUAGAUCGGAGGCCUUACCCUGUCCACGGUCAAAGCCUGCUACUCCUCUCAAACCCUCCGCCAAGGCCAGGUCAGCCUCCAUUGGAGAUCUGCUGUCUGACUUCUCACAGGUGAAGCAGCAUACCAGUGCUGUGGCUGGAAGUGACAGGUUUCCCACUGAUGAUGUCACAAAACUUGAGACUGAGGUGGCUCUGGAGAUGGAAAAGACGGGUGAUCUCCUGAGCAGGGUGUCCCAGUCCAAGGGUGGAGGUGACAGUGAGGACAUGCCAGAGGAUCUGCUGGCCAAGGCCAUGGAGAAGCUGAAAAAGGCUGACCAUGUCCUCAGGGAGGUUAAGAAACUAAAACUUGCAAAGGACUCAAACAACAGAAAAAGCUGGUGAAUGUCACAACAGAUUGACUUGGAGUUGACCAUUUGCUAAAUCCCCCACCACCUAGGCAGUGAUUCUUCAGUUAUAGCUUAGCAAGCUUCAAGAGGCACAACAGACCUGCUCAGCACAGUUUUUCUUUACCCUUCUAAAACCACAAAAACAAGAGGAAAAGCAGAUUUAACACUGUGUUCGUCUCUUGUAAUAUAAACUUCAGUCAUUAGCAUGUCUGGCUAACUAGCUUACCACCCACAGUAGUAAAUAAGUGCUACUUCUGAGGUCCAAGUUGCCCAUCAUUAACUACAUUAGUAUGUGGGGUUACAGGUUACAAAGAAGUCCUAUUCACGGGUAAUACAUUACUGGGUCCCCAUGCUGUGGAGGCUAGUCAGUAUAUGGUCAGGUUAGCAACUUUGUCCUGAUCUUAUGAGAUUUGUUCAGCUCAUGGAGUUAACAUUAGCCUGCUUAGUUAGCUGAUAAAAUCUAUUAGCAACGGUUGUCAUUUCAGCAGGAAAAUUAAACAGCUGUCUGCUAGAAAUGAGAAAAUACUUAAUGAGGAUGCUCAAAUUAAAGACCUACUGGCUCAAAAUUACUAAUUUCACACUGUUAUCAUUGUUAACUGCAUAUGUGCUGUGUAAAAAUGGAGAGAGUUGACAGGUUGAGGAGUAUUAGCUAAGGGAGUCGGGACUUAGUGAAUGGUCGGUUCAUGGACUUUGGCAGAAAGAUGCUGGUUUUUGAUGGUUAUGCAGCACACAAACAGUUGCAUGUAUGCAAGCAUGUAUGCAACUGUUUGUUCAUAAUUAACUAAGUGCAAUUAUUUCUAGUGCUUCUCUGCAGCUGAAAGUGAUGCUUGAUGUUCCACUGUGGAUUGUUUUUUUUUCCAUAUGAAAUGUCAAUUGUUACUUGAAAGUUAAUUUGAGUAUUAAUAACAUGAUGGCAAAGCAGUACUGUUACUCAUUGCGAACAUAUAAAAAGUACUAAAAAGUAUACAAAAUUAUACAUCUGUUUAAAUGGUUACUUUGUGGAUUCACCUGGCUCCUAUUUUUAGCUAGCAUGUUUUUGUUGGCAGUUUAUCUGCUAACUCUACAUAUUCUAUCCCUUUAAGUAUGAAGUAUGAAGAGUAUUACUGUUUACUUUUUACUAGCCUAUGCUGUUUGUUGAUGAUGAGGCAGAAUGGACCAACAUAGCUCAGGAGUUUUCUGAAAUGUUUCAUUUGAGACAAAUCAUGUGAUUACAGCAAAUAUUUUUAUGUAAGAAGAACUGCUAUUCCACUUAAGAUUACAGUUUCUUUUAAUUAAUAAUAUGUUUUGAUACUGAUAUUGUACAUAGCAUAGAACAAAGAGCUUGUAGCAGCCAUUUUGGCUCUAACUAAUCCCUCUUACAAUUCAGUUUUAUACAAAUUUGCUUUUAUCAGGAAUUUAUCUUCACUCAGUGAUUUGUUAAAAGAUGUGAUAGUAAAUUUUAAGACUAUUUUAAAUAUGCAACGCCAUUUAGAGUAUUUUCCAACAUUAUGUAUAAUUUUGUACUCUUGGAUAAAAGUUGCUAUCAUCCAAAUAAACAAAGGGAAACUAUUA